GGAACAUGGCAACCAUACCCAUCGCGGGAGCCCCAAAUGGUGCGGAACUGCCUGCACGCGCGGUGGGGUCGGACGAAGAGGAGGCCUUCCCAAUCCCAAUUGCUAGCGUAGAAGAGGAAUUUUACGAGGAGGAUGACGAGGAUGGGGAGGAGGAGGAUAACGAGGGCCAGGAGUCGGGAGCCGACGAGGGGGCGGAUUGGGACGUUAGCUCUGUUUUCGACGAGUGGCUUGCACAGUCCACGGAGCCGGUAGUGUUCGGACCUGGUAAGUUUGCCGUGUGCCCGCUUGGGGGUUGUGUGCGGAUCGGAUUCACUGACGGGACGUUGUUCCGGUGGGGUUGUCCGCACGGCAGAGGAAGAUGCCGUGACUGCGGAGGAGGGACGCAACCUCCGCGAUUUGCUCAGAAGCGUUGGGGAGGCGAGAUUUAUCGAGGAGACACUCCAUGCGGGAGCUUUUACCGCCAAAAAACUGCUGACUGCCUUUGGUGUCCGCCCGGUUCGUGCUUCGCCUGUCUUCCCCAGCCGCCUCCUGGGGGGAUGUGAUUGACCUUUUUUUCCUCUGACGUUUCACACAGCCUUUCUUCCUCGAUGGCUCCCCGGACAUGGCAUACCUUCCUCUUCUCGGCAUGGCAAUCACUAGAGACCUUCGGGCGAGGCAAAAGUUGACACAGUACAACACGUUGGACGACGUCGUCAAGCUCUUGAAGGGGUCGAGCAAUAUUAUCGUACUUACGGGUGCUGGGGUAAGACCUCCCCAAGUGAGCCUCUCCAACGGAGAAUGCCGCAGUGGCUGACAGCGUGAAAGAUUUCCACAAGUUUAGGAAUCCCAGACUUUAGAUCUAAAGGAAGUGGUCUCUAUUCCCGCUUGGAAGGAUUAGGGCUUUCAGACCCUCAAGAGGUUUUCGAUCUAGAUGUUUUCCGUGAAGACCCCACGUUUGCUCCCCUCGCUCCCUUCCCUCCCCCCUCACUUGCGUUAAACUAACAAUUAUUUGGUGGAAAAAAAAAAAAGUAUCUUUUAUAGCAUUGCAGGGCGCAUUCUCCCAACUGUGGACCGAAUAUCCCCAACGCAUGCAUUCAUAGAACUCCUCCAGCGUAAAAACAAGCUCCUCACGCAAUACACGCAGAACAUCGACAAUCUUGAAAUCAAAGCUGGUAUCAAUCCGGAGAAGCUCAUCCAAUGCCAUGGCUCCUUCGCCUCCGCCAGUUGCGUGCAAUGCGGGCACAAAGUUCCCGGUGAGACAAUAUUCCCGGAUAUGAUCAAGGGGAUAGUGCCCAAGUGCGGAACCUGCUUAAAACACGAUGCCAACAACUGCAACAACAACAAAGUAGGCAAGAAGCGCAAGAGAGGAAGGGGAAGUGGUGAGGGGGCUCCGGGAGACUACAGACGUAAAAGGUACGAUGAAAGUAGCGAUGACGAGUGCGGGGACGAUAUUCCGCAAGCUGGCGUUAUGAAGGUAUACGAUUCCCCCCCCCCCUCCUCUUCUUUGGCGACCACCAGAAAAACUAAUUCCUAGUAUACAGCCAGAUAUAAUCUUCUUCGGUGAACAACUCCCAGCAACCUUCAAUAAGCGCCUAGUGGACCACGACCGGGCGCUCUGCGACCUCUUCAUCUGCAUCGGUACAAGCCUCAAAGUAGCGCCCGUGUCCGAAAUAAUCGGAAUCCUACCACCGCAUGUUCCUCAGAUUUACAUUUCAAAAACAGUACCCUCCCCCCCCCUUUUUUUUUCUCUCUCCUUCCGGAACUCACAUGUGUAAUAGCCCGUCACGCACGUAAGCUUUGACGUUGAGUUGAUCGGCUCCUGCGACGAUGUAGUCGCAGAACUCAGCCGGAGGGCGGAGUGGGAGUUGAAGCAUGAUAUGAUUCCGGAGGGUCAAGAGAAGGUCAAGAUUCGACUGGAGGAGGGGAGUGCCUCUAGGUGGAUUUUCGGGGAGGGUGAAAAGGGGGAGGGGGAGGGGGAAUAGAUUGUUUCGCGACUUAUGGAUGCCUUAACUUGCUUACUUUCUUCUCUACCAACCUUUGGUCCCGUCUAUCUUCUUAUUAUCCCUUUAAGAGGCGUUUGGUGUUCGGACCCUUUCUUCUCCCUCUUCUCUCUAAUAGUAAAUUUAGAGGCAUAUCACUUAGGUUGGCUUUCUUGCUCACUUUCUUGUUUGCUAUCGUCUUACUCUUUCCUCCCAAGAUUCCUUACAUAUUCUACAUUCGCUCGCUCUCUCUCUCUCUCUCUCUUACUCUCAUCUCGCGGUCGGGGGCGAGCGUUGCGUGGCAAUACGACAUGAUUCCGAUCCUGUCAUUACAGUACAUAGAUGAAUCGAAGACACCUCCCCAUUCCUCCUCGCUCCUUUUCCUUAUUUAUCCACCGUAGCUCUAGGAUUCUUCUCCACCCCUCUCACUUUCCUAUACACCCGCGCAUACCCAUCCAAGAACCCAGCAACAACCUCCCAUCUGCUCUCGAACCUCUGCAGGAUACCCGGCAGUCGAGGGAUAUACCGCCCCGUAGCACUAAACGAUACAACACAUGUGCUCGGCUUCUGCAAGUAGAAGAGGGAUACUUGGUCUGCCCCCGCCCCCCAAGUCAACCACAACUCUCCAACGUUAGGGUAUGAACUGGGAGAGUGGAAGGAUACCAGGUGCAAAAACAUUAGACAGCCCCGCCACAACCUCGUCCUUAUCAACCGUGAAGCCUGCCCGGAAUUAAUAACCCGCGAGAGUUCGGUGGGGAGUGGGCGAACAAACCAGUGAACUGGACCUCCGAGCGAAGCUUUUCGAGCACUUCCUUUACAACGCGAACGUCGGGACUUUGUUCACCGGCGUUGAUAGCGGAAUUGAGGGCAAGGUAAAGUUUGUGAACGGCAAAGAUGCCUGUUGGACUCGCUACCGCAUAGAGAAGUAAUAGAUAAGCGAGUGCGAAUCUAUGAUGGAGGAUGCUUACCUGUCCUAGCUGUGGAAAGAAUGUCGCGGCGACGGGAGAGGUACUUUUCGAACGCGGGCGUCAAGUCUUCCUCCUGCGGGGAGGGGGGGGAGGAGGAGGAGGAAGGGAAAAGGGACGAUAGGAAGGCCACUGAUUCAACCGUGGUGCAGCACCCGGGCCCGCACCGGCCUUUGUAGAAGCUUGGUUGAUAGACGGGUUGGUACACUGGGGGCCAGGCUUGAUGGCCAUUUGCAUCGGGGGCCACAGCGGCUAGGAGGGUGAGGCUUAUGCCGACGUCCACUAGGCCCCCGGAAACAUAGCUCCUCCCGGCUGUGUUCAGUGUCACUGUACUCACCUCCCGCGGGAUCCUCUCCAUCACACUGCCUGGUAUGUCGAGUUUAGGUCCUGGCGGGAACGUGAAUUCUAGCACCUCGGGAAUGAAAUUGCACUCAACCCCUUCCUCCAUCUCUCUUCUCUCUCCCUGCGUUGCAGGACUAGCUAGAAUCUUCGAAAGCUCUAUAGCAGCACCGCAGUCCCCCGGUGUAUGAUCGAAUACUAAUCCUACUUUACCAUCCCUCCUCCCCUCCUCGCCAUAUCCAAAGGAGACAAUGCCAAAGGUUGCGUCCGCAUGUCUAUUCGGACUGUGCUCACCGUGGCGUACCUCAUUCAGUAGUCUUGCCAACCCAUCUUCGUCUUCAUCGGGCGACCAGGCGAGUGCAGGAUCGAGGGCAAUACUAAGAGCGGAAUUAUACAGCUUUCUAAAAGCCGGUAGGUUUUGUGCAUGGGCUAGUAGCUGGGAGUGAAGUUGGGACCAGACUGUACGGCCGUAGCGCCAGGAUAGGAGGGCUAUGUUUGCUCCGCCGUCCUUGGAUG